AUGGCCAAGGGACGAGGAGGUCGGGGGGGAGGCGGUUCCAUUGACGACAAUUGGGAUGUACCAGGGGCAGUCAAGGCCACCAUGGCGUUCCAGAUUAUCUUUUUCAUCUUUAUUCUGAGCGAGUUCAUCACCAUUAUUCGGCGUAUGCGUUUUGUUCCACCCGGCCGCUAUACACGCGCUCCAUAUAUUCUCCUCGCCGUCGUAGCAGGUCCAUUGGCCUUUGCAUACCUUCUCUGGGCAAUCUAUACCAGAAUCAGUACGGGUGGAAGCUCAGUUCCGUACACGGCCCUGCACGGCUUGAGCUCGUUCACUAGUUUUCUGCUCACCAUCGACAUUGCAUUUCGACCGGCAGUCUGCCUGUGGCUCGUUCACCUUCGUAGCAACCUCGCUCGAACGACUCAAGGAAAGGCGACCAAGCCAUGGAUCUCGCAGUUUUGGAAGCGAAUCGUCGACUGGUCGCUGGUUACCAUCCUCUUCUUGAUCGGUAUCUCGUUGAUAGCGGUUACUGCAAAUGGAUGGGCCCUCAGUGACGCGGGUCAACUGAGCACUGCUGGAAUGCGCGCAUAUCUCAGCGUCCGCCGUGGACUCGGCUUCACAAUCGUCGCCUUUAGCCUACUCCUGUCGAUCGAUAUCACCAUCUCUUUCAUCACGCUAAAGGUCUCACAGAAGGGGAUGAAUUUCAUCGAUCCUGUAUCCACAAGGCUUCUCGUCGCAGUCUUGCCUUUUGUGCUUAUCGACCUCUUGGAGACUCUAGUAGUUACGAUCUAUCCAGAGACGCAUAUGCCUUAUGAGUACAACGUCCUCGCCCUCAAUCUGGCCGAUGUUAUCAUCAACGGCGUUUGCAGAGUUGGCAUAAUUUGGGGACUUCUCUCCACCAUGACAAUUCCAAACGUGCUUUGGACCCCAGGAGUGCUUCCUGGUAAAGUUGGAGAAUAUAUUCCUCAACAGCCACAACAGCCCCAACAAUCGUUCUAUCAGCCACCCUGGCAGAAUUCGCCUUCCAUGCCCGCACCAGGACAGUACCCCCAUCCGGGUCAGUAUUCACCUCCACAGAACUCACCACCCGGUCAUCAACCGUAUACUAUCCCCAACAAUCCUUGA